GGACAGUGACUCAGUAGCUUGUAAUCAGUGCGAUCCGGUCUCCUCCACAUUCAGGGCAGCGCUGUAUCAUUUCACAGCCACUUCCUCGCGCCGUGUACCUUUAAAAGGUUGAGCUCGCCGGUCUAUGAGCACCGGAUUGAGUUUCCCUUUGGUUCAGCUGUAUGUGCAUGUAUGUGUGUUUCUUCCAGCAGUGACAUGGCAUAGAGAGGCAGUUGCUCUCAGCGGCAGCAGCAUCAUCCUGAAACCAUGGUCGCUCUCCGACAGCCGAAGCGGAACGGAGGCUGCGCCGCGCUGGACGCGAUGCUGGUGCCCGUUUGGAUCCUACUGAGUAGCGCUGUGUCAGGACUGAAGGCGGAGGACGACGGAAUGGAAGAACUUGUCACGGAGAAGGAGGCAGAGGAAAGUCACCGACAGGACAGCGUCAAUCUCCUGACAUUCAUUUUACUGCUGACGUUAACCAUUCUCACCAUAUGGCUAUUCAAGCACAGACGGGUUCGUUUCUUGCACGAAACCGGACUGGCAAUGAUUUACGGUUUAUUGGUCGGUGUGAUUCUGCGCUACGGCAUUCCCGCCACCAGCUACCACCACAAGACACCCCCAAGCUGCUCGCUGAAGGAAGGACCUACCAGCACUCUGCUGCUUAAUGUUAGCGGCAAGUUCUUUGAGUACACCCUCAAAGGGGAGAUAAACUCCAGGGAGAUUCACAAUGUAGAGCAGAAUGAUAUGCUGCGCAAGGUGACUUUUGACCCUGAAGUUUUUUUCAACAUACUCCUUCCUCCAAUCAUUUUCCAUGCUGGAUACAGUCUAAAAAAGAGACAUUUCUUCAGGAAUCUUGGCUCGAUCAUAACCUAUGCAUUUCUUGGCACUGCAGUCUCCUGCUUUGUUAUUGGGAAUCUGAUGUACGGUGUUGUGAAGCUGAUGCAAGUGGUGGGCCAGCUGACUGACAAGUUCUAUUACACAGACUGCCUUUUCUUUGGCGCCAUCAUUUCUGCCACAGACCCAGUGACGGUAUUGGCCAUCUUUAAUGAGCUCCAUGUAGAUGGGGAUCUAUACGCUCUACUGUUUGGAGAAAGUGUAAUGAAUGAUGCAGUGGCCAUUGUGCUUUCCUCGUCCAUUGUGGCCUACCAGCCCAGUGGUACAAACACACACAUGUUCGAUGCCUCUGCCUUUUUCAAGUCGGUGGGUGUUUUCCUGGGUAUUUUCAGUGGCUCCUUUGUGAUGGGUGCAGCCACAGGAGUCGUCACCGCUCUUGUGACCAAGUUCACCAAGCUGCACUGCUUUCCGCUGCUGGAGACGGCGCUAUUCUUCCUCAUGUCCUGGAGCACGUUCCUGCUAGCUGAGGCUUGCGGCUUCACAGGUGUUGUGGCUGUGUUGUUUUGUGGCAUCACACAGGCUCACUACACAUUCAACAACCUCUCGGAGGAGUCCACAAAACGCACCAAGCAGCUGUUUGAGGUUCUUCACUUCCUGGCUGAGAAUUUCAUCUUCUCGUACAUGGGCUUGGCACUGUUCACCUUCCAGAAUCAUAUUUUCAGCCCAAUUUUUAUCAUUGGAGCCUUUAUUGCCAUAUUCAUUGGAAGAUCUCUGAACAUUUAUCCGCUCUCCUUCUUUCUCAACCUCGGCCGAAGAGACAAGAUCAGGGGGAACUUCCAGCACAUGAUGAUGUUUGCUGGUCUGCGCGGGGCGAUGGCGUUCGCCCUGGCUAUCCGGGACACCGCUACCUACGCCCGCCAGAUGAUGUUCACCACCACGCUGCUCAUAGUCUUCUUCACUGUCUGGGUGUUUGGUGGAGGGACUACACCCAUGCUGUCCUGGCUGCAUAUAAGGGUUGGUGUGGAUCCAGAUCAAGACCUGCAGCCCUCUGGAGACAGCUUCCAAGUCUUGCAGGGGGAUGGCAGCCAAGCUGAGGGUCAGAGUAAAACCAAGCAGGAGAGUGCUUGGCUCUUCAGACUGUGGUACACCUUUGAUCACAAUUAUCUUAAACCAAUUCUCACACACAGCGGCCCACCUCUCACUUCCACCCUGCCCAGCUACUGUGGGCCGCUGGCGAGCUGUCUGACCAGUCCCCGGGCAUACGAGAAUCACGAGCAGCUGCAGGACCCUGACACUGACCUGAUUCACAGCGAUGCUGACCUGACCUUCAUGUUUGGUGACACUGCCAUCACAGCCAAUGGAGCGUCCAGCAGCAGGGCAGAUGCUGCUGGAGGGUUGGGCUGGAGCGCUAAUGGAAAAAGAAGCGGCAGCACGUCAGAGGAGGCGUUGGAGCGUGAGCUGGACUCCCGCGAGCAGGAGCUUCUGAGCCGAGGCACACGUCUGGUUUUCCCCAUUGAGGAUCAUGUCUGACCUUGCCCCCUCUAAAACCACCCUGAGCCACCAAUCUAUGUGACCCGAUCCAGCCUCCCUCUCCUCUUUAGCCACCCCAGCUUUGUCCACAUCAGGGCAGGAAAAGUACCCAUUCCUUCAGAGAUAAGACAGUUUGGAGAUAUGGGAGUAGACAGGAGGGGAGGGCCCAAAGGACACACCCCCAAAGAGCAUUACACAGAGGGUUUUUUCCACAAGAAGCCAAGUCCUCUAAAACUCUUCAUUCUGUUUUCAAAUUGUUUCCACUUCAUAAGGAGAAGUUGAACCUUCUGGCAGGAUGUGGGGACCAAAUACCCGUUUAAGAUUCUGUCUGCACAUUUGAACAGAUGGCACUUGGUGGUUACUCUGGUAUGGAGGAAAAGAAAAAUUUGAAAAAAGUCACUGUCAUCAUGUAAUAUGAAAAUUUGAUAUUCACAGUCCACCAGUCAGCACUGAUACAAGGCUGAUUAGCUUAAAAGAAAAAAGUUGUUUGGCUGGUUUGUCAAGCAUAUGUGCUGCAGUGACAGUAGCAUGUAAAGAUAUGUGAGAAGUAAGGUGACGGUGAAUUUGUUUCCUUUGCAGACACAGCAAUCUAGUGAUGGGUGAAAAACGCAAGCAUGUAAAUAGCUGCAAUGCUGAGCUUGUUCCUUUUUGGUUGAACUGCUCAUUUCAGUGCGUUACACUCAAAUACUGCUACAGAUAAUAUCUGUGCAUCUUGUCUUUGAGCUGGCCUGGAUCCUUCUAUGUGUGUUGGAUUGUUUUUCUUUUAUUUCUUAUUUUAAAUGACACAAAUAAGUAUGUUAAAUGUUUAUGAGAUCAUGCUGAUGAUCCCAGGAUUUAAGAAAGCACUGGGGGAUAUGCAAUCUAAUGUGACAAUUUACACAGUGAAGUAAAAGAAACAACCAAAAAAACAACAACAGAUAAACAAAAACAAAACAGGAAUUCAUAGUAUUUUUUAGAUUAUUGUCUACUAAUAUUUUCAAAUAUAUUUCAAAUAUAUUUCAAAUGUAAACCUGCUGUAAUUACAAAAAAAAGAAGAAAAAAAAAUUUAAAAAAGAACAGAAUCCUCCUUUUGGAGGUGCUAUAAAUGGUAAACUGUCAGUUUAUCAGCUCACUAAUCCAUUAAAGGUGCAGCAUGUAACAAAUCAACAUCAAUAACAGAAAAUUUUAAUAUUUCGUUAAAAUCAUCUAAGUUUCUGCAAAUAUCUAAUCACUUUAUGUUUAAUUCUCCAAGAAAUUCUCAAUUUAUAUCCUCUCACCGUGGGUCCACGUUCAUACAUACAAACGUAACUGUGCCACCAUUUUUACUACGGUGUCUCUGAAUGGACAAACAACUUUAAGACUGCAGUACCGGUUUUGUUUGAUAGGUGCUAGAGCACCGUUUGGGACAAGUAAUGCCUUAAAAUGACAAUAGAAGAAGACAGUACACAAAGUUGAAGGAGUUACCUGUAGUGCAGCCUUUGCUGCUACUGGAUCCACUCACAGAUGAAAACAAGUUUAUGUCUGGAGGAAUUUCGGCUACUGAUGGCCGCUGUACUUUAUAUUUGUGCUUGGUGUUUGAAGUAAUUUCUAUAUCCAUCCUUACUACUUGAUGUCAGUAAUUCUUACACACUGUACCUUUUUUUUAACUGAGUCAUUGCAGCACAGCAUAUGAAUAUCUGUAAAGCAGUGUUAUGAUUACCAUGCACAUACCAUUUUUAAAUUUCUUUUUAACUUUAAACUUGAGUUGCUAAACUUUGAGAAACCAAAUGCAACAGAGAUGAAAAGAAGUGCUUGCAUGCAACCUCCUGGAGCCUUAACAGUCGUGUUCAUUUUACUGGAACUUAUUGGUAUAAUUUUGAUAUGACCAUAGUUGGAAUUAUAUAUAAAAAUCUUGGAGAAGGGAAUCACUUGCUUAGGUCAUUUUAAAGGUAACCAAAUCCUCAUACCAGCUCUUGUAAAGCUGACUAGAGUUAUUUUUAUAUGGAUAUAAACAUCUGGUUAACAAAAUGUUUAACCUGCAUUCAGUCCCACAUCAAAUUGGUUCUGUCUCCGAUCUGCAUUGAUGGGAACACAACACCCAGGUGCACAUUUUAAUUUUUACUAAAUAUGUGGUGGUUGAGGCUACAAAAGUUAGCUCAGCUUGCUUUUUUUUUUUGUAAGAAAUGCACAUUGGAUGUCCAUACCAUCUUAUGUGGGAGCUCUGAAACUGACAAAGCAGCUCGCUGACAAAAAGAGAGGCAGUUAAUUCAUUAUUAUGUCUUCAGUUUAGGUGAUAGUUCACUCUAAGCUAUUCUGUGUCAGGUCACUAGCUUAAUCAUCUGAUAAAAUAAUGAUUAACAGUUUUGUUGGUCCACCAAAGCCAGUAGGGGAAACUGUAAUACCAUGUUUUCAUGCUAUUGUAGCUUAUGGGCUAGUCGCCUGUUAAAUAAAGGUAGUUACUAGACAUGAUUUGUAGCUCUCCGAGCUUUUAAGCUUUAUCCGCUAUUACUGACGGGAAAGUAUUUUAAGGGUUUGUUUUAGCGUGUGUACGCAUUAAAAACAAAAAAAAACAUGUUUUUUUGAAGUGGAAAAUUAGCACGUCAGGUCUGUGACAUUAAAACUUAGUCAAUCCUCGUCAAAGGGGCUACUAACAUGAAUGUGACAUUAAUAUCCGAAUCCUGCACUGCACUGUAUUAGUUUAUUCUUUGGUAUUUGGCAAAUUCCCGCCAUAAUAUAAUAAUGAUGAUAAUGUCUGUAUCAACACUCUGCCUGGAUCACGUGCUGUUUCCAUGAAUUCUUGUCUUCCACUCUUAACCGUGCACCAUCUAGUGGACAAUGUCAAUUUAACACAGUAGGUCACGUGCACUUGAACCUGUUACAUACUCCGUGAGAGACGAAGUUGUGCAUGCAGCAGUGUUCGUGUCUUUAUAUAUUUAUAAUUUUCGUACAUUCUCACCACCUCGAUUAGUUGUUAAUUAAAGUUUUCCAUUCAACCUCGCGUCAGCGGAAAUGGGGAAGUACCACAUUUCCACUUCACGGUUUUGUGCGUUAACCACGUCCAACUCAAAUGUCCUACCAAUCACACAACACUUCUUGGAGCCCCACAAGAAGAAAGUUCUGUUCAGCUUACACGUCAAGAACAAGCUGCAAGAUGUCCCCAACCAUGUCCUCGAGAACAAGAAAAAAGUUCUUUACUCUUGCGGAGUACUUGACAGGCUUUAGGGAGUAUACUUUGACAAAACUACACCUAGUAACUGAACUUCUUUAUGAUUAAAAAUCUUAUCUGACCAGUUGUAAUUCAAACCAAGAAACAUGUUAAAUCUCUUCAAAAACACUUUGAGGGGAUUGCUAACACAGACUGAGCAAAGCAAGCUAUUUCUCUCAUUUCCUAUCUAUAUGAUAAGCUAACCAAUUGGCCGAGCUCGAGGAGUGUUCGCAGAGAUUAAAGAAUUUACUCUUGGGAUUGGUCCUUACUGAAAUUUUUCUCCCAUAAGACCACUGAGCUCUGUAGUUUUCCUUCAAAUUGAUUUGAUUCACUCAUUAACUGUUCUUGUAUAUGUCUUAGUUCUGCAUGAUUUACUCUGUAGUAACUUUCUAAACACAUUUACUUUGCAGUAGACAUUAGGAAGUUUCUCUUACACAGCAUGAAUAUGAGCAAAAAUGUUCCAUUAGCAUAUCGCUGCUGUCGGGCGCAAACCUCCUAUCUCCAUUUUCUCCUUCAAGAUGUCAAAGCGGUUCUUAAUAAAUCAAACCAGUGACACAAAUCUAAACCUGUGUAACUUUGGGAAGGUUUAACCUAACUGUCAAGGCAUACAGCACUUCUGUUUACUCUUAUGGACAAUAUUUUGACAACUGAACUGCUUCCUCUUAAAUAUUCACCACACAGCCUAUGUAAGCCUUUUGUGUCCCAUCUAUUAACAACACGAAGUGGCUGCUGAAUUUAUGUAUGAGCACAUAAAGGUAGGUGUGAAAGGCACAGUUGUGUGAGUUGAAUCUCUGGCUUUCACAUGAGAACAAAGCUUUUGCAAGUUUCAUGGCUCAUUGGGGACCUCCAGGAGGAAAUGAAAGUCGUUGUAUAAGCUGUAACUAAGCCGUAUGCAGAGUAGGUCAUUUAAACUCUGCUGGAAGGAGAAGUGCUGUGAAGCUGCCCUGUCUUAACAUCAAUGAUUACAUUCUGAUGAUGAGGAAGUUCAUUCGUCAUUAUCUUGUCUCAAAGAAAAUAAACAAAAAAAGCAUACAUAAUACUCAUAUUGUCUCCUCUGGGAGUGAAAGCAUUGCACAUAUGAAUCCAGGAUGUGAAAACCAGACAAAACUGUAUUUUUCUUUCCUCAUAAAAUUACCCUCAAUGUCUGCUUUUCUGGCUGACAUACAGUCAGAACAGGAAGUCAUGUUGUUAACAAGCCUUUUUUUUUAAAUGUCCCAGGAGCACUUUAUAGAUAACAACAUUGAGCAAUUGAAAUGAUGUCUGCAGACAACAAUGAGCAGGGACUGGCACUUUACCUCAAGCAGAGGACACUCGCGGGACUAUUAUAUAACCUUCAUGUGCACUCUGUCUUUCUCCUCACUGCUGUGCUGUCAGUUGUCUUUCCCGCUAUAUUUAAAUGCUCUCUAUAUCUGAGAAAUAUGAGAUGUAGCCCAAUUGUCAAUAUGUGCACCUGUUGUGUAGUAGCAGCUGGCUGCCAGGCUCUGUGUGCCAUGGUUUGCAUGACAACUUAAUAAAGAUCAUAAAAUGAUGAAGCAGA